AAUAGCCAGUAUAAGUAACACUGUAAAAAUUAAUGGUGAGAAAGUGCGAGUAUUAACCCCCUGACAAUUUUUCAACGAACUGUCAUAGUAAAAAAGAACGACAGCGAUGUAGCAGAGCUUUUAGCAUAUGAAUUAACUCCAUACCCCUUGGUUCUGUUCAACGAAGGCGGAAUGCGAAAAGGGAAAAAAUCAGCCCUCUAUGAUGUUUUGCCGGCAGAGGACAACGCAACCCUCGAUCUCACCCAGAGCACCGUUGUAGUAGAUGGCGGUUUCCUCCUCCACCGUGUGAAGUGGAAACAGUCCUCCAACAUUUUAUCAAUUUCCCAACAGUACAUUGCCUAUGCACAAAAACAUUACGGUGAAAAUUGUAUGGUGGUUUUUUAUGGUUAUAGUCAUGUCGACAGCACAAAACGAGCGGAGCAGAAGCGAAGAGGGAUCUCAAAAACUUCUGUUGACAUCAACUUUCAAGAAAACACGACCAUCACAGUUCAACAAGAGCAUUUUCUUGCUAAUGAAAGAAACAAAACAAGGCUGAUUCACCUUGCUCAGUGAGAAAAUGACAGCAGCAGGAAACUACUAUAGCUACAGGGGAUGCUGACGGCACUAUUGUGAGGUGCGGGUUGGAUAAAGCUGCUGUACAUCCAACUGCAGUAAUAGUUGGGGAGGAUGUGGACUUGAUAGUUCUCCUCAUUGGGUUGGCACCACAAUCAACCAAUAUAUACUUCAUGAAGCCAGGCCGUGGUAAUGUGGAGACCAAAUUGUUUUCAGUGCGGCAACUUCAACAACAUCCGGUCGCCAAAACGAUUCUCCUUCUCCAUAGCUUCUCCGGAUGCGACACUACCUCGGCGGUACAUGGGAAGAGUAAAGUGGGAAUAGCUAAGCUUUUCAAGGAAAAUCCUGGCCUUACUCAAGACAUGUCCACAAUAUUUAAAGAUCCCUCAACAUCACCUGAGGAUAUUGAAGAGGCUGGUGAGAAACUUUUCCUGGCUAUAUACAAAGCGCCUGCUCAUCAAAAUAAUCUAAACGAACUUAGAUACUCAGCAUUUUUAAAAGCUGCAAUGAAGCCCAAGUCAGAUAUGGCCACUCUUCCGCCUACCAAAGGAGCUUCAAAGCAACACUCGCUCAGAGCAUACCUACAGAUACAACAGUGGCUCGGAAACCCCCUACCCCCCAUACAAUGGGGUUGGGUCAAGGGAAAAGAUGGUAUCCUUAACCCAGUUUACACGAAAGACCCUGUGGCACCCGAAUCCAUUCUGAAAAUGAUCUUUUGUCGAUGCAUGACUGGGUGUGGGGUGCGCUGCGGUUGCCGAAAGGCAGGGAUUACCUGCUCCGGUGCCUGUGGAUGCCUCGGCUCAUGUACGAACGGAGCCCCCGUCGAAGAAAGCAUCGAUGAAGAUUUAGAUUUUGACGAAAUUUAAUUGUCAAGAUAUAUAUAAUAAUAAUUCAUUCACUAAUUACUUCAUUUUCAGCAAUGAA